AUUGUCUGUGCGCUUUGCCGUGCGUGCGUGUCGGUGCGAGCACCCGCAGCAUCAGUAACACAAAGAGGGUCGAAGAGCUGUGGAUGGGAGAUACAAGGCGCAGUGGGCAACUUCAAGACCGAUUUGCGGGCAAACAAGAUCACUUAUAAGAGAGGCGACGACAGGGCAAAUUCCAGCCGUUCAGACGCCUGUUUGGGAAGAGGAAGAAGAAGGCAGCAGAGCAGGACCUCAAUACAGCAGAGCUGAAGGCUAGCUUCUCCACAGGGGAAGUGUCUAACGUAGUCAUCUCAGAUGAUGAGGAGACCAAUCAACAUCUGAGGGAGCUGAACCCCAUUGGGUCUCAAGCCCUCUCCCACGACAGUGUGUUUAUCCCAGAAGAAGCAGUACAGGAGCUCAGCCCAGAACAAACCAUGUCCCAGGAAAACGUCUCCGAUAAAGUCAGGAACUUGCAGCGGCAGAUAGCACAGAAUAUCAAGUUUGGCCAGAAGCACCCCUCUCUGAGGAAGAGUGAGGGAGACGAGGGCAGCUCGGAUGAAGAGGAGGUGCCCAAUAGCCCUCUGAGGGUCUUAGCCCAAGUGGAGGCUGAGCCAGUGGACACAGAGCCAAAGGGGGCCAGUCAGGACCAAGAGGCCGGUGAGAGCCAUAGAGCUCCCCAGGCUGAAGCCCCCAGCACUCCAGUGAAAUCUUCCAGGUCCAAACAAGUUCUUCCAGCCAUCGGCACCAUUGAGUCCAUCGACCUGGAUGAAGUCUCACAGUCUGUCCCUCGGCUGGACAACACCGCUGCCAAGCAUAAGCUGUCUGUCAAACCCAAAAACCAGAGGAUCUCCCGCAAGCACCACCGGUAUACACAGGAUCUGCAAGAGGUGGAUAUCCCUGGAAUACAGCAGGAGGAGAAAGAUGCAGCAGACAGCCAACACAGGAACGCUGAGAAGGAGACACCCCCAGAGAAAACCAAGAAGCAGAAACUGCAGGAGGAGGAGAGAUGGGAGUCCAGGAGAAAGAGAGAACUGGUGGAACAGAGGCACAGAGAGGAAGAGGAAGAUAGAAAGACGAAAGCAGAGGAGUGGCGGCUGUGUGAGUUAGAGGAGGAGCGAUGUUGCGAACAAGAGGAGGGACGUAUACUUAAAAAGGAGGAGGAAAGGAGGCAGAGAGAGGAUAUGGAGAGGAGGAUGAAAGAAGAAGAGGAGAGGAGGCAGAGAGAGGAGAUGGAGAGGAGGAUGAAAGAAGAAGAAGAGAGGAGGCAGAGAGAGGAGAUGGAGAGGAGGAUGAAAGAAGAAGAGGAGAGGAGGCAGAGAGAGGAGAUAGAGAGGAGGAUGAAAGAAGAAGAGGAGAGGAGGCAGAGAGCGGAGAUGGAGAGGAGGAUGAAAGAAGAAGAGGAUGGGAUAGAGAAAGAAGAAGAAAGAUGGAUGAGAGAGGAUUUGGAGCUUAUGCAACGAGAGGAGAAGGAGAGGACACUGGAGGAAGAGGAGAAAGAGGAAGAAGAAAGGAGUAGGAAAGAAGAAGAGGAGAGGAAGCAGUGUGAACUGGAGGCAGAGCGUCUUCGUGUAGAUGAGGAAAAGAGACUAAAAGAGGCAGAAGUGGAGGAGAGAAUGACAAAGCAGAUGAAGAAAAAGAGAAAACUGCUUGCAGAGGAGGAGAGGAAGAAAAAUGAGGAGGAGGAGGAGGAGGAGGAGGAGGAGGAGGAGGAGAAGAGGCUGUGUGCAGAAGCGGCUGCGAGCAGCUCGGACCCUGAGAGGAAGAGGAGGGCUGAGGAGCUGCGCUGGAGAGAGAUGGAGAAGAGACAGAGGCCGUUCACCGUCAAAGGGUCCUCUGGGGAGAAGCAGAUCCUGUUCCAGAAGGUCAACCUAACACCUGUUAUACCGGCCUCCAGUCAGCAGGGGAGCGCUGUGACUGAACACAGAGAGAGAGCCAAGGCCUCAUCGCUUGGAGGAGCUGACUCCCCCACCCUCCUGUCCUCUCAGUAUAUCCGCCACACAGCCAUCCCGGUGACAGGUGCCCAGCUAUGUGGGACUGCUGUCAACCUGGACCAUAUCAACGAAAUCGCUUGUAAGUCUCUCCUGGGUCUGGCAGAUGAAAAGAAAGCUGCCAUGGGAACCCCACCACCAACCAAGAGCAAGACCCCACCAGUACGUAAGUCUGGAAAAACCAAAUCCCUCAGUGAGUCCACAGACCAGUCCAGUGCAGCCGUUCUUGCAGAGUGGGCCAGUAUCCGCUGCAAGAUAUUUAAGGGGGCAGAGGAGGGGAAGUAUGAGGAAUACCCAGACCCCCAUAGCCGACCCAGCAGUGAGGACCAGAGUCCGUUCCCCCAUACCAACCUCAGGAAGACCAUGUCCGCCAGCGCCAAGUUCUCCAUCACUCCGGCCAGGAAGAAGUUUGCCGACUCCAGCAGGAACUCUGAGGUGUUGAAUCCGGAAGAGAAGGAAGGAGGAAGCCCAGCCUCUACUCUCUCCAACACCUCCUCCAGCACCUCUGUUCCCUCUGCAGCCUCACCAGCCCCAGGCAGCAAAGCCCAGAGCAGGGGUGGUAAGACCGUCCGGAUCGCAGACGGAGAAGGGGAGUGCAUGUUUGCCAAAGACCUCCCAUCGUUCAUAGUCCCCAGGUCUUCCCAGUGGUCCCCCAGACAUGAGGGGUCAGUGACAGACGCUGUGAGCCUGGGAGGAGAAUCAGAGGACUCUGACGGCCGGGAGGAAGGGAGGGAGCAGGGCCAGCCCUCUCCGUUUGGGAUCAAGCUGAGGAGGACCAACUACUCUCUCCGCUUCCACAGUGAUCAGUCGACAGAUAAGAGGAAGAAGAGGUACAGCGCCGGUGACAGCUUCAACGGUGUCCCCUCACCUCUGACCCCCAUUGACCCUGACUCUGACACCUCAGUUUUCUCUGAUAGAUCCAGCCCUGCGUCUCCAUUCAGAGAGAGCAUUCCCGGGGUAAAGCCUGGACAUAUGGUUGUAUCUCUUCCAAAGCCCCGGGCCAAGGCAGGCAAGUCUCCCACCCCUUCCAUGCACAGCGAGGAGAAGCCUUCCAAACCCUCACUCUACCAAAGACCGAGCACAUCUCCUAAACCUGCCACCCCUCCCCCCUCUCCACUCCCCAAGGUGGGCAGAGGGGGUUCAAGCGAUGCAGUGGUCCAGAGGACAAGGGUGGGGUCUGAUUCAGCUGGCCAUGAGGAGCGAGAUGAGAGGAGGGAAGAAACCUCAGCUGUGGCCCAGCUCCACAGGAACGGCCAGGGACAGGGGGGUCAGAGGGAGGAGGAGCCCAAGGAGAAGAGGUCCUUCUUCCCCUCCAUCACUAUGCCCUGGAGGGAGAAGGCUGACAGGAAAACGGAGCUCAUCAGGAAAGAGGGGAAGCCAUCGCUGCAGAGCAGGCACUCGUUAGACAGUGUUCGGGUCCAGGACAAGGAGGCGGGCCCUCCGUGGAUCACUCUGGCGCUGCAGAAACAAAAGGGCUUCAAAGAGCACCAGCAGAGCCGAGACGAGCGCCGCAGCAAUAGAGAGGCCAAACUGCCUGAGAAACAGGCCAAGGACAAAGACAGCUGUGUGUUGGUUAGUCCUUCAGAGGGUAAGGGGAGUGGAAACACCAGCCCUACCAAAUCACAGACACCGGAGGAGGCCAAGAGACCAGACACCCUCCUGGGCUGCUUUGAGCGCCGAGACCACCUGAAGAAAGCCAACACUCUGCCCAGCACAGUCACAGUUGAGAUUGCAGACUCCACACCAUCGCCCCCUGUAGUGAAGGAGGUGACCAUGCGCUUCCCGUCCACUGACUCUCCCCAGGUGUCCACUGAGCCGGCCUGGUUAGCUCUGGCCAAGCGCAAGGCCAAAGCCUGGAGUGACUGCCCUCAGAUCAUCAAAUAACCUCCUCUCUAACCUCUACACUGCAUCAGUACUGUAGACACACUGCCCAUGAACUAUGACCCCUGUCCCAAACCCUCCCGACCUCUCCUCUCUGCCCCUGAUCUGCCCCUGCACUCUAACCUCAACCCAAGCCUCCCCCUAUUUCACCAUAACCAUGUACUUGUAUGAUUAAAAGUUUGUUUCACGUUCAUAAUAUAAACACAGUCACACAUUUACAAACACGAACACUCAGUACAAGCAUGCACUUAUACAAACACCUGAAAACACAAAGUUUAAGAUUACCUGGCUGUAUGUUAUCAACUAUAUAAUAUCUUCCAACAAGUCAAAAGAUCCUACUGUAGCCAAUCAUGGCCACUGCUGGCCUUUGCAAUAGCCAAUCCCAACCCUUACUUCCCAACAGUAGCCAAUCAAAGCACCACGGCUGUAAAUAGAUCAUGCACUUAACAUAAUACAAGAAAAAAAAAGCUUAUGUAUUGAAAAGAUCAAUCCCACAGUUCUGAAAAGGGAUAUAGAUUCUUCAUUCAAGGGUACUUUGGGAACAGUGUUUUAAGGGCUACCAGUAACCAAUAAACCAACAUGACAGAUGAUCACCCAGUUGUAUCACCCUUAGAACCACAAUAUUUCUGUUACCUUAUCUCGUGGGUAUUAUUUCAAGCACUGAUUUUAACAGUGAUGAAACAAUAUAUUUGUAAUCUCUGAGCCUUGUCUGCGUUGUACAAAAGCUUAUUUUUAAAAAACUUGUAUUCAAAAGCAGUACUUAGUAUAACUAUUCUCACUGUGCCUGUGAUGACUGUGACAGCUGUCUAAGAUACUAUAUUGCAGGAAAUAUUUUUUUUUUAAAUCCCUUAACAAAGUUGUUUGAAAAUCACCGCAGUUUGUAAAAUAACACUAAAAUCUGUCAGAAUCAAAUCUCAACUGCACUGAAACACAGCACUAAAGACCAAGGUUCAAGUGGUUGAAUUGCACAGUAUUCUCACCAUUCUAAUGUGUCAUGGAUUUUGCUUUGCUAUGGAAAGAGACUACCUGCCUGCUGUAACAUCCCAUGUGCUCAAGUCACUGCUAAUGUGAUGAUCCAUAAGGCCUUUACAUGGUCCUCCAGCAUUUGGAAAGUCACAUUCUCUGAAUCCCAUCAUUGGACGAGUUAAACUCUAUCACAUCCUCUUAAUUUACCUCAAUGUGAUUUGAACCAAUCAGCCCUGCUGUGAGAACCUCUGCUGGGCUGUCUGUGACUGAUAGCGUAUGGAUAUUUCUUCCAUCAUUAUCUUCCUCUCACUACUCAAUGUAAUGAUCUGUAUGUAUGGAUGUAAGUAUGGAUGUAUGUUAGAGGCGGUUUUACCAGGACAUUGGUCAGAAAAAAGCCUGCAAGGCUCAGUCAGUCACUUUGUCAUUUUUUUUUUUUUUUCAUUUUACAUUUGGUCGUGUGCAAUAGUGUAGUAUACAAAGUGGUGUAUGUAAAAAUAAUUGGGGUAAUAAUUGCAAUUUUUUGUCCCACUUAAAAAAGGUAUUCAUGAGAACAUCUUUAAAGUGAUGCAAAUGUUAUGAAUUAUAAAUUAAAUACUGAUGUCUGAA